CGCGGCCACGUGACGGCCGCUAUAAGAGCGCUCCCGGCCCACGCUCGGCUCCCGCCGCGCCUCCUCCCUGGCCGCGCUCCCUCCCGGCGCCCGGCUUCUCCCAGCCAGCAACCUGCGGCUGCGGCGGCCUCCCGCCCCCCUCGGCAGCACCAUGACAGAUCAGGCCUUUGUGACACUGACCACAAACGAUGCCUACGCCAAAGGAGCCUUAGUCCUGGGCUCGUCUCUGAAGCAGCACAGGACCACCAGGAAGCUGGCCGUGCUUGCCACUCCUCAGGUCUCCGACUCCAUGAGAAAAGUUUUAGAGACAGUCUUCGAUGAAGUCAUCACCGUAGACGUCUUGGACAGUGGCGAUUCUGCACAUCUAACCUUGAUGAAGAGGCCUGAGUUGGGUGUCACGUUAACAAAACUCCAUUGCUGGUCACUUACGCAGUAUUCAAAAUGUGUGUUCAUGGAUGCAGAUACUCUGGUCCUAGCAAAUAUUGAUGAUCUUUUUGAGCGAGAAGAAUUAUCGGCGGCACCAGACCCAGGGUGGCCUGACUGCUUCAACUCUGGAGUCUUUGUUUAUCAGCCUUCAGUUGAAACAUACAAUCAGCUGUUGCACCUUGCUUCUGAGCAAGGCAGUUUUGAUGGUGGGGACCAGGGUUUACUGAACACAUUUUUUAACAGCUGGGCAACAACAGAUAUCAGAAAACACCUGCCAUUUAUUUAUAACCUAAGCAGCGUUUCUAUAUACUCCUACCUCCCAGCAUUUAAAGCAUUUGGUGCAAAUGCCAAAGUUGUUCAUUUCCUGGGACGAAUCAAACCAUGGAAUUAUACUUACGAUCCUAGCACAAAGAGUGUCAAAAGUGAGUCCCAUGAUCCUACCAUGACUCAUCCAGAGUUUCUGAACCUGUGGUGGGACAUCUUCACCACCAGCGUUUUACCUCUGCUUCAACAAUUUGGCCUUGUCAAAGACACCCACUCAUACCUAAAUGUGGAAGGCGUCUCAGGAGCUGUAUCACAUCUGUCCCUUGGGGAGAUCCCGGCUGCAGCCCAGCCUUUUGUGUCCUCAGAAGAACGGAAGGAGCGGUGGGAGCAGGGCCAGGCUGAUUACAUGGGAGCAGAUUCCUUUGACAACAUCAAGAGGAAACUGGACACUUACCUCCAGUAGAAACACUGCCUUUUUCCCAUGGACACAUCCACUUCAAAGGCACUUGUUUCUGACACUUAGUAUCUCGAGCUGGGUUAGGAAAGGUCUCUUACGGUUGCUAGAAGCUUUGCUAGAAUUCAUCAGAUGAGGGGAUUUUGCAAGACAACAGGUGAGAACUGGGCAAAAGUUGUGAAGUAGCAGUUCUGUUAUGUGGACAGCGUUCUGCUUGUUAACCCUAGGCUUAUUCAUUACUCAGCUCUUGUCGGAAAUUCUUAAUUUUGCCGACAGCCAGCAUACAUGGUAAGGGAGAGUCAAGCUAAUUAAAAUGGCAGUUAUCGACUCUAAAAAUGUGCCAGUAUGGCUCUAGAUCAGUCUCUCUUCAGAAUGGGACAGGGUAUCUCUCUCUCGCUUGCACGUUGUAGCUUUCACUAGACCUGCAUUUUAUUUAGAAGGGCCCAGAGACCGCCAGAGUGAUUGUGAUUUUGCUUUCAGGUGAAGAUAUCCUGUAACACUGCUGAGUGAUUCAUAAACCUAUCGGCAAGCGGCGUUAACCCAUUUUAUUUCCUAACUGUAGUGUCUGAAAUUGUUCACCAGUUUUCUGUAUACUGUAAGGCAGCAUGCUAAAAUGCUUUUUUCAGUUCUGUGUAUCUGUAAAGAGCAGUGUGUUCUCUGAUGGUUACCUGCGGUGGCACCUUGUAUGAAAAUAAAGGCUUCUUGCCAUA